AUGGGGCUGCUCGUCAGAAAGGAGGUGGAGAUGUCUGGGGUGGUCUUCUCUGUGGACGAGAUGCGCAACACAGCCGUCGACUUCAGUGUUCCACUCUACAUGAACGAGUUCGUGCUCCAGUACAGGCGUCCUAAAUUGACUUCAGACAUAGCCGGCUUUGUCAAGCCUUACACCAUCGAGAUUUGGGUUCUGGUGCUGGCGACGCUGCUGGCGAUGUUCUGUGUCAUCUACUCUAUACAGCGAGCCCAUCUCACCUUCCUGUGUAGACAGGAGGGAACGAGGUCAGGAAUGGUGGACUCUAGCAACCAAGGGUCAGGUCAUGGUGAGGCAGCGAGACUGAACCAGCUAUGGUGGUCGUCAUGUGAGUGGGUCAUAGCUGGACUACUUGCACAAUCGUGUUCGUGGGGGGCGCGGCGAGACAUGACCCGAGUAGCCACUGCUCUGUGGUUACUGACUUCCUUUGUGCUGGCCACUGUCUACCGGUCCAACCUGACAGCCGUGCUCAUCCUGCCUAAGCUGCGUCUGCCCUUCGACAGCGUGGAGGAGCUCGCUCGCACCUCCAUACCUACCUAUCUCUUUCCAGGAAGCGCGAUUUUUUCCGCCGUCAUGGUAAGGUGUCUGCAACAGCGGUAUAUACACCGAGAUGUGUAUAUUUCUCAACCAGUACACCGAGAGGUGUAUAUCUCACAGGAUUCAUUAACUGAAUGGUUCAUAUAUUUAAGCGGACAAGCACCAAGUGUUGCGAACAAGGAUAUGCAGUGUAAUACUGUGUUGCACCAGGAGAGCAAACCCAACACUACGCUCUACAAGCUGAGGAAGCAGAUGCGCUCCUACGUGGAUAUUCAUACAGCCUUUCGUAACUUCAAGCGUGGGACCGAGGCUACCCUUAUGGACAGGCACGCUGUUUUAGCCGGCAUCAACAUCGCUUAUGCAGAAACCAAGCAGUGUGUUUUCUACAUGUCUUCAGAGAGGCUACUGGGAGCGACCAGCUUAUCACUCGCCUUCCCUAAAGGAUCAACACUCAAGCCAGUGUUUGACCCACUAGUGCAAAGACUAAAGGAGUUCGGCAUACUGGACUACAUAUUUAAUCAAGGUUUGAGGUACGCCAACAUCUGUCUCAAGGAAGAAGUCACCAGCACACGUGGUAGCGACAAGAGGGCACUCGAUCUUAAGGACUUCUUGGGAAUCUUCCUUCUUUACUCUUCGGCAUAUAGACAAGAAAGAAGAAAUAUGCGCAAGAGUUUGUCAAUGGCUUCUCCUGUAGUUAAGAUCAUAUAA